AUGGCAGGCGAUUCCACCACCACCACCGCCACCACCACCCCGCCGGCCGACCCCGUCAUCAUCGUCGGCGCCGGCCUCGCCGGCCUCGUCGCCGCCCACGAGCUGGCCCUCCGCAAGGUGCCCGUCGUCAUCGUCGACCAGGAGAACGCCAACAGCGUCGGCGGGCAGGCCUUCUGGUCCCUCGGCGGGCUCUUCUGCGUCGACUCGGCCGAGCAGCGCCGCAUGGGCGUGCGCGACUCGCGCUCGCUGGCCCUGCGCGACUGGCUCGGCUCCGCGCGCUUCGACCGCCUCGACGACGAGGACCGCUGGCCCGCCCGCUGGGCCGAGGCCUUUGUCGACUUCGCCGCCGACGGCAUGGAGCGCUACGUCAAGGGCCUCGGCCUGCGCUUCCUCGCCAACGUCGGCUGGGCCGAGCGCGGCGCCGGCACCGCCGACGGCCACGGCAACUCGGUCCCGCGCUUCCACAUCACCUGGGGCGCGGGCCCGGAGAUCGUCCGCAUCUUUGCCGACCCCGUCCGCAGGGCCGAGAAGGAAGGCCUCGUGCAGUUCAGGUUCCGCCACAUGGUCGACGAGCUGGUCGUCGACGAGCAGACGGGCCGCGCCGUCGGCGUCAAGGGCCGCACCCUGCGCGAGGACGACGCGGCGCGCGGCGUCAAGACGUCGCGCGACGUCGCGGGCGAGUUCGAGCUCCGGGGCUCCGCCGUGCUCGUCACCUCGGGCGGCAUCGGCGGCAACGUCGAGGCCGUCAAGAAGGCCUGGCCGGUCGACCGGCUCGGCCCCCGCGUGCCGGAGCGCUUCGUCAUCGGCGUGCCCGCCCACGUCGACGGCCGCAUGAUCGGCAUCGCCGAGGCCGCGGGCGCGCGCGUCGUCAACCGCGACCGCAUGUGGCACUACACCGAGGGCCUGGCCAACUGGAACCCCAUCUGGCCCGCCCACGGCAUCCGCGUGCUGCCCGCGCCGUCCUCGCUGUGGCUCGACGCCACGGGCCAGCGCCUGCCGCCCUUCCUCUACCCGGGGUCCGACACCCUCGCCACGCUCAAGUACAUCUGCGCCACGGGCUACGACUACACCUGGUUCGUGCUCGACCAGUCCAUCAUCGCCCGCGAGUUCGCCCUGUCCGGGUCCGAGCAGAACCCGGACCUGACCAGCAAGAGCGUCUGGCAGGUCCUGACGCAGCGCGUCCUGGGCUCCAGGGGCACCGUCCCCGUGCAGAACUUCCAGAAGCACGGCCGCGACUUUGUCGUGCGCGACAGCCUCGAGGACCUGGUCGAGGGCAUGAACGCCCUGGCGCGCGAGAUGGGCGGGCCCGAGCUCGACCCGCGCCGCGUCCGCGACGUCGUCGAGGCCCGCGACGCGCAGAUGGUCAACAAGUACUCCAAGGACGCGCAGGCCAUGCUCAUCGCCAACGGCCGCAGUUACUGGCCCGACCGCAUCUCGCGCAUCGCCGCGCCGCACCGCCUGCUCGACCCGAAACACGGCCCGCUCAUCGCCGUGCGCAUGAACCUGCUGACGCGCAAGACGCUCGGCGGCAUCGAGACCGACCUCCGGAGCAGGGUCAUGCUGAGGAGGAGGGAGGGCGCCGCCGGUGGCGGGGAGGAGGAAGAGCGCCCGUUCCCGGGCCUGUACGCCGCCGGCGAGGUCGCCGGCUUCGGCGGCGGCGGCGUGCACGGGUACAACUCGCUCGAGGGGACGUUCCUGGGGGGUUGCAUCUUUUCCGGGCGCGCGGCGGGCCGGGCGAUCGCGGAGGAGGUGCUCGGCGAGCACGAGGGCGACGCUGCUGCUAUCCGGGGGCGUUUGUGA